AUGGCAAGGCCAUCCUUUAUCGAGUGCAUCUCGGCCACCGGCAGAUACCUCCAUCCGUUGGUCAUUUUCAAGGGCAAGAGCGUUCAACAGCAAUGGUUUCCGUUGGAUCUAGAGCCUUUUGAUGGCUGGGAGUUCGUUGCAACAGAAAACGGCUGGACCAACAAUGCCGUAGGCGUGGAAUGGCUGGAACGGAUCUUCAUCCCCCAGACCCAGCCAGAUGACCCUUCCGACUACCGUCUGUUGAUACUUGACGGCCACGGCAGUCAUACCAGCGAUGACUUCAUGUGGCCAUGUUUCCAACAUCGCAUUCAUGGCAUUUAUCUCCCACCACACUGCUCCCACGUCCUCCAACCAUUGGAUUUGGCCGUCUUCUCGCCCCUAAAAACGGCCUACCGCAAAUCCUUGACUACGCUGGCCCUAUGGAGCGAUACAAGCAUCGUGGGCAAGCGGAAUUUCCUUGAGUAUUACCAGCAACACCCUCGAAAGAGCACCAUCAAAACGCGCCAAACCCACUUUCCCGCCACCGAGAGCUGUCUUUCCAUACGAGAGAGGGCGGCACUUACAACGCACGUCAUCAAUGCCACCCUCAAGGCCUUGGGAGAGGGUGAAAAGCCCUCCCCAGAUCCUAACCCGCGGACCCUCCAAGAGGACGACCUGGUCAAGCCGGUAGCCAACAACGCGCUAGGGCGGUCCAGCUCGGCGCCUAUGACUCCUUUACAGCCCCACCGCCUAAACCGACAGUCCACCUCGCCUAUCACUGUAAGACACGCUCGAUCGCCCUUUAAGUCGUCCAAGAAAAAAAUAAACCUUCUAUCCACCGUCGAGUACGCCUGCGUAGCCCUCGCUGCGCAGCGCCAGUUACCCGCCACGGGCAAAACCCCCUCCCGGAUCCACAUCUCGAUCUGCGCCAACCGAACAACUGAAACCGCCAACAUCGAGAACAAGCUGGAAAAACUCAGCAUCACCCAGAAACUUACGAGAGGCGGCUGCAAGGCCGCCCCAACCAGGGCGCCGGCAAGGAAGGCGACCAGAGGGACAGCCAAGACAACAUCCCCUGCCGCCGCGGCCGCUCCCCUCACGCCCGUCACCAAUGCAGAGGACGCCCGGUUGGCCAAAGUUGCGGACGACAAUCCUUAUGCGGAAGGCCGAGGCUUUGCUACGGCAAAAGGGUUGGUCCUCGGCCUAGGCGAUUCUUGUGGAGGCCGCGGCUGA